AGCCAUGUCAAAUAUCGAGUGUUGAUUUUAUUGGAUGUGAUAAUGACGGUUAAAUGUCAGUCAGAAGCAUCGCUAAUAAUCCGUGAAGGCUGUUUUCCUUUCCAUUCAACCUUGACGAAUGACGUCACACCAACUAUCCACGACGAUGGAGAGGCUCAAAAGUGAAAUGUCGCCUCCUACGGCACAAUCAAUCUCCUCGGACUGGUUUGCUCAUUUUAAGGGUUUUGGCAAUGCGUGGAGAAUGAAUCUAUUUGCACAAUGAACGUGUUUGUGAGUGCUGCUGCUGGAAUGCAGAGGUAGAGCCGAGAAAGGAUCUUCAAUGCUCAAGACAGAAGCCAAGCUAAUCAGUGGUGCUCAGUCGUAUCCAAGCAAGCUGCAUCCGUCGAAACGAGGCCUCCUCACGCUUGAGACACUCAACUAUCCCAGACAGGCGUGCGCCAAAAGUACAUUUCCGCGGGAAACCGUCACGGUGUGCGAUGUCAGUGGUGUGUGGUGGGUGGAUGCCCAUAGUAUCAGAUGCUUUCAUGACCAUCGCUCAGUGUGGAUUCUGGAUAGGACAGGGGGAAGUCAAGAAGUCCUUUAAGAGUGCAGGAACUAUGAAGUAAACCUGAGAGGUUAAAUUUGUAUCACCCACUGAGUGGGCAGGGCUUCCGAAGCAGCUUGAAUUCGUUUUAUUUCUUUCUCGAGACGCCUCAAACUAAAAAAAAGGAUGCGCUAAAAGAUGGAAUACCACCACCCGCUUGGGAUUCCCAAUCUCUCCUUCAUAGUCGACCCUCCUUUGGAUUCCUACUGGAUAUAUCAGCGUGGGCCUGCCAAUUUGCCUUGAUUUCUCGGCUAGCCACGAUUCACCGACCUCGCUUUACUUUUCCCAACUCUGCAGGGAGUUUGGCCCGUGCAAAUAGAUUGGAUUAUCUCAAUACUACGUUUGUUAUCUCUUUUUUCUCCAUGUUCUGUAACUUCGCGUAUUCAUUGGACAAAGACAGGAAAUUGUCUCUUGAUUUCACGUUGAGCUUGCUGGAGAGGAUUUGAUAUUGAAUUGUGUGCGCUGUGUUGAACUUGUUAUGCAUUGGAUGUAAGAGGAAAUUAUAACUUGGGUAUUCCCGUAAUAUGACAGGUGGUUUGGUUUGGUUUGUUUUUACUCGCGUUUCUCCAUUUUGAUCGUUGAUGGAGGUUGGUGAACCUUAUGCGAUCACCUUAAUGAUAUGUGAUGUUUCAUCGUCACAAAUGGAUGCAUUACAUAAGAUUGCUGGUGUGAGCGGAAGGUUUAUCAGCAUUGAGGUGCUCAUCUUACAAUAAAUACUGUUUCAUUCAUGCAUGUUAUGAUCGUGCGCAAACAUGAACAAGGCCUUCAAAAUACUCCUGAAAAUUACUCUUCGCAUUGUAGUACGAUAAUGGAGUAAUGACUGCAUUUCACUCAGUGCAAUUUGUCAAUACCUCUACAUUGGAUUAUUAAUUGGAUUUCUCUGGAUGACACAAUAAACAUGAAUUACUUCUUGCAUAAAAGGAGGGAAUGCGUUGUAAGUCCGCUAGCCCGACCUCUGUCGUCCCUCGGCGGUGGCUCGGGCAACCGGAUGGAAAUGACUAGCCCGGUGAGCGGUGGGGCAAGUGGGGGCUUAGGAGGGGGAAUCAGAUUCGACAAGAAUAUUCAUAAACAGCUCCGGGAGAGCGAGGACGUCGAUAUGAUGAAGUUGUCGGCGGAAUCGUUGCCCGAGAAUCGGUUGACGAGUUUUCGCGAUGUCGGCGAUCUCAGCCCUCAGGUUCGACGUCGCGCUCAAAGUUCAUCUGCCGUUGAUUUGGCAGCCAGACGCGGUGUGUUCAGUCGGAGGCAUUAUGGAUCAGUCGAACUGCUGGUUGCCACAGACCGAGAAGGGAUGUCAACGGGACGCUUUCGGGUUGAAGAUGGCGAGAGGGAUGAGAUCUCGACGAUGGCAACCGGAAGUGACGUGCACCUCGAGAACCCAGAAUACCACACGAGAUGGUAUUUCAAGUACUUUCUUGGGAAGAUUCAUCAGAACUACGUAGGAUCAGAUGUGGACAAGAAUAUCUUCUUCCUCUCUGUCGUUUUAACAGACGCAAACAAUCAUAACGUGCCCCAGUAUAGAGCUAUCCUGUGGAGAAAAACGGGAACACAAAAGAUCUGUAUACCGUACAACUCAGCUAAGUCUAUGUCUGUCAAGAGAAUAUUAGGCCGCUUUAACAUCAAAACGGAGAAGUCACCGAAAGAAAUCUACACACCAGAUAUUCAAAAAGAGCUACUUUUGUUGGAGGAGCAAGAAGGGUCUGUAAAUUUCAAGUUCGGUGUUCUAUACGCAAAGAAUGGACAGAAGUCAGACGAUGAAAUGUUCAGUAAUGAGCAUGGAUCAGAGGCCUUCCGGAAGUUGGUUGGACUGUUGGGUGAGGUGGUUUCACUUAAGGGAUGGGACAAGUUCAACGGUGGCCUUGAUGUCAAAAAUAACACCACAGGUACAGAAUCAGUUUACACAAUGUACGAGGGGCAUGAGAUUAUGUUUCACGUAUCUACCUCGCUGCCUUAUUCCAAAGAUAACCGACAACAGGUCGAGAGAAAGCGACAUGUUGGCAAUGACAUCGUAACUAUCGUCUUCAUGGAAACAGAUGACCCGGAAGAAGAAGUUUUCUUCAAGCCUUCGAUGAUCAGGUCACACUUCACACACAUAUUUGCAUUGGUAACGUACAACAAGAUUGAAGACACCUAUAGGUUACGAGUGUAUUCUGAAGAGUCUGUGCCUUUAUUUGGUCCACCGCUGCCUGCUCCUGCUGUUUUCGACGACCAUCACGCAUUCCGAGAUUUUCUGCUCGUCAAACUCAUUAAUGGAGAAAAAGCUGCCUUCAACACGCCUAUCUUUGCCAACAAGCGCCAACGAACAUUGGAAAUGCUUAUCAAAAACCUACAACAAGAUAUGAUGCAAGAAACGAAUAAGCAAAACAUGCUAAACAAGAGGUCAUUUAGUGACGUCAUUCCUGACCCUGUCUGGGGCUGGAGAAGUAAGAAGGAAGAAGCAAGGCAAGCCGAAUUUGUGAAGAUAGGACAGGUUCUUAAACUCAAAACCAUUGUUAAAGGGGAUGCCCCAACAAGCCUUGCAACGACGAGCUUACUAAAGAGAGAGCCUUGGGAACCGCAGUGUAUACAGAGUGACUUCCUUUUUGAGAUUGUAUGUGGAGAUUCAUGGGGUGAUAAGCUCAUGGUUGGCACAGAAUCAGGGGUCUUCAUCAUUGAGGAGGGUCUUAGUCCUCGGAUGAUCUUUGAUAAGACGGUCUCUUUCAAGCAGCUCAGCGUGGUAGAGGCUCAUGGAUUAUUAUUAGCCAGAGCUGACAAAGGGAAAGAUGGUCGAAUAUAUGUGUUCAGAUUAUCAGACUUUGAAGGACAAGAGAAUGAGAGCUUGAUCAGAACAAAGAAUGACUGCCGGAAUCAUAAAAUAGAGAGAUCAAAAGGCUGCCACCUGUUUUCGGUGAGCCGACCAGGAGGAAGCCAUCUUAGAAUGGUGAUAGCUGUAGGGAAGAAGAUGAUACUCAUGACAUGGAAACAUAACGCGGCUUGGUCGGCCUGGUGUAAAGCCGCUGAUACCGAUACGGUUGAAGGGUUUCAGUUCACAAGGGAGUUGUCUGCUGGCGAUGUUCCCUCGUUAAUGUGCCAUGAUGAUGGGCACGGAGAUAAUCACAUUGUAGUCGGAUAUAGACAUCAGUAUGACCUUGUCAACGAGAAAAUGGGACAUUUCAGGCAAACAUCUUGUAUGCAAUUGGGGGUUUCACUGGUAUCUGCUGUUGAUAUAUAUGAAGAUGAUGAGCCGGAAGUACUUCUUUCUUACAAUCAUAUAUCACAGUUCAGACGACUGAAUGGAGAAGCUUCUUCAGAUUUUGACAUGCAUUGGAAUUCAGCUCCAAGGGCAAUUGUGUGCGCAUUUCCCUACAUUUUAGCCUUCACUCCAGACUCUGUGGAGAUUCGUCUAGUUGUCAAUGGUAAUCUAGUUCACACGAUGACCAUGCCAAGAAUCAACCUCAUCACAUCCAAGUGCGAUAUGUACUUCACAUCAAUGGGUAUGGAUGUUCUCCAACCAAGUCCUAAGGAGCCUGUCCGUGCUUUCAGUCCUCUCUCCAGUCCUACAUCACCACCACAAACCUACGGUCCUUUCUCAGGUGCAGCAGUGAGGAUUUACAAGAUACCCUUGAUCAGUCUCGUAGGACAAAUGAGUGAGAGACCACUGCCAACCCCCUCCAACAACUGCCGACCUCGUUCCUUCAUCUCGCCUCUUGUCAACAUUGCAGAGUCUCCACCGACACCUGCUCGACGUUUCCAGAUAACUUCGGGUUCCCCUACAAAGGAUGAAUGUGAUUCGGAAAUCCUGACAGUAAGCAUCCCAGUGACAUCAUUACCUCCGCAAACAUUAACAAAGGUCAAGGCUGGUCCUAGACCUUCGCAAGAGUACUCAGACUCUGGCUACUCUGAAUCAGACUUCUCUUUUGAAUCAACAGAUUCCCUUCCCGGAAGGUAUCCGACCUCACCAAGCAAAGGUGGGGAAACUGCAGAAACACGCAGGCACAAAUUCGGUUGCCUCCGGUCACCACGACUGGUAAGACGAAAAGGGAAUUCAACACAGGCAGACAACGAUGCGCGUGCAGAGCUCCUCGGUCAGCCAAGCAAACGGGCAAGUGGCCGAUCACGGUUCACGUCAAGUACCUCAAGCACGCAGUCAGACUCAGUCUUUUAUCCAGUACGCAUUGAGAACAACAAUAACAACAAGAGUGAGGGGGACAUAGGGUUUGAGUUCAUCCCCCCUCCUCGAAGCCCACUUGCUGAUCGUCUUGGCAGCACUGGAAGCACGUUGUCACAGCAGUCAGAGGCAGAGAUGAGAGUCGAGUUAUUAGGGCGUUUGAUUCACUCUCCUCGCUCUGAUCGAGUUUCAAAUACAUCUUCACUUCAGUCCGAAGACGGUGGAUCCGUCUUUCUUGAGCUCCCAUCGAAUGGAAAGUCAACCAAUGGUCACCCACCGAGCCCGUUCGCCUUAUCGACUUCUGUUGAUGAUGACGAUAUUGAUUUGAAAUGAUAGUAACGCUGUUGUCAUGUGUUGGUGUAAUUUUGCAUUUCAUAUGAUUUUAUGUUGACUGAACAAAAUGAUGGGCUUUUUACACUGCCCCGAUAUGAAAUCAUUUUGCAGAGUUAUGCAUGAAUUUGUAUCAUGUUUGUAUGAAUAUGUCCAUUGCCAACAGGUCAUCUGCAAUCUACCCUUUCCAUCACAUUUAACAAGGUCUAAUUUACAAUGCCCAAAUUUGGAUUCCCCUUUGGGUGUGUCCCCUCGUCACUUAUCUAUCAAACCCAGUGGAAUAUACAGGUAAGUGGGUCUCCUCUAUGUGGAACUUAUAUAAGUCUUUAAAUACAUCCGGCAAUGCCAAAGUCAUGAAACAUCAAAGGUUUGAAGUUAUGGUGGCAGCAGUGGGAUGUAAACCCACUCACCUUUAAAGAAGAUACGAACCAAAAGCGCCAUCUCAAGUCCUCAACUAAUCAUACAUGGCCAGUUUCCUUACCCAUAAUGCUAGCGUAGUCUAGUAAUAUAGACCCACUUGAAUGAUAACAUGCUAUUAACUACUCAAUACAUUUAUACCGCAAUAAUUAUG